AUGGCCGAACAACAGCAAGAGGGCCAUUCGCUCUCAUCCAUGUUCCCUAAUCCGCCUCCCUUUUGGCAGGACUUUACAACAGACAAGAUUUCUCGAAUUCAAGAACUAAGGACUUCAUACAUCGCGGAACAUGGUGGCGAUCCUUUGACAGUCCGCGUGCCUGGUAUUCCCGAAGAUCUCGUCAAUCUGCAACCUCCAGCCGAGCCAGCUGAUGGACGCUGGCGUGUAUUUGGCGAUCAGUACAUGCUGGACGACAAGCUUCCAACUCUCGAAGAUCAAGGGAUUACCAAUCUUCCCUCAUCAUCACAGCCGGAGUCCAAGGAUGCUAAGCGCUUUGAUCGCGCCUUUGAGCUCAAACGGCUAGCUAAAUCGCUUCUGUUAAAUUUUCUCGAGCUCUCUGGAACGUUAUCGCAUAACCCAUCGCAUGCCGAAGCAAAAGUGCAGGACUUGCGCACACUCUUCAUCAACUUUCAUCACAUCCUCAACGAGUACCGGCCACAUCAAGCACGCGAAUCAGUCAUUGCGCUGAUGCAAGAGCACCUAGACCGCACGCGAGCUGAGACCAUGGCCAUACGGAUACAGGUGGACAAGGCACGCCGCGUACUCGAUGGCCUGGGCAGCUUAAGCGUACCCGAUGUGCCCAAGGCUUUAGGACAGAACACCGAGGGGGAUGAUCUGGAGUCGUUGGCGAAACAAAGAGAAGCAGACGUGUGGGCUGCCACAGAUGCCUUAUUUACUUGA